CUGCGCCAUAUCUUCUUUGUCCGCUGUUGGGAGUACACCCAGCUACAGGGGAAAGAUACCAGGGCUGUGUGACUCCACUGUGUAUUAUACCGCACUUGGAAGCUGCUGUUUAGUUUACGGCGAAGCUAACGAACCUAGUUAAGCUUCGAUCGAUAAUCUGGCCGUGCUACCGCAUUAUGAGCCAGGUGAAUGCUAAUACGAACAAGUCUGAGUCCGCCGUAGAGUCAAGCCCAGCACAGAAGAAAAUCAAAAUGGAAGACACUAAAUACCUCCCAGAGCUCCUGGCUGAGAAAGACAGCUUGGAUUCCUCGUUCACGCAUGCAAUGAAGCUUAUUUCUGCAGAGAUUGAGAGGAUCCAGAAAGGUGAAAGUAAGAAAGAGCCAGAAAAGGAAACGUAUCUGGACCUGUUUGCUACCAAGAACCUCAAACUCAAAGAGCGGGUACUCAUUCCCACCAAGCAGUACCCUAGGGUUAACUUUGUCGGUAAGCUUCUGGGACCUCAGGGCAGUACAAUCAAGAGACUCCAGGAGGACACUGGGGCAAAGAUUUCAGUUCUGGGGAAAGGUUCCAUGAGGGACAAGAGUAAGGAGGAGGAGCUGAGGAAGGGUGGUGAGGCUAAAUAUGCACACCUGGCCAUGGAGCUGCAUGUGUUCAUUGAGGUGACAGCACCCAUCCCAGAAGCCUAUCUGCGCAUGGCUCAUGCCAUGGAAGAGGUCAAAAAGUUCCUCAUCCCGGAGCCUGGUGAGCAUGACCCAUACAUGGAUCCUCACUUCCUGAAUGGAUCUCAGGAUGGUUCGGGCAGGGGGCGAGGUGGCCACCCCGGAAGAGGCAGGGGUGGACCACCUGGCGCUGGAGGACCAAGGGGUCGAGGAAUGCCAGGCCCACGAGGAGCAAUGCGUGGUGGAGCUCCGCGUGGAGGACUAGGACGGGGCAGCGCGCCUAGAGGUGCGCCAUCUGGUAGGGGCGGACCACCUUCCGCUGCUGCUAGAGGAGGCUCAGCUCCCCGCUCUAGACCCCCUACAGCAGGGGCUCCAAGGAUGCUCCCCUCUGCGGCCCUGUCCCACCAGCAGCACCAGGCUCCUCCUUCUGCAUCACAGUCCAAAGCUGAUGCCUAUGAGGAUUAUCCACCAUAUGAAGAAUCCUAUGCAGAAUCCGCCUAUGAGGGAUAUGAUGGUUAUUACAGUCAACAGUCUGCACCUGCGGAUACUGAAUAUUAUGAUUACGGACACGGGGAGGCCCAGGAUUCAUCAUAUGAGCCUUAUGCUCAGGAAGACUGGAACAACUCAUGGUCCAACUCUGGAGCUGGAGGAAAAGCCCCCCCUUCCAGGCAGACCAAGGGAUCGUACAGAGAGCAUCCUUAUGGGAGAUACUGAACGGCUACUGGUAGAGAGUUGCUGUGGCAGCUGUCUCUGACUGUAACUCACUUAACUUUUUUCAAAAGUAAUUUUCCUCCUGUUUUGUUCCCUUUUUUUAUGCUUUAUUUUAUUUUAGUUUUUAAAACUCAGCAUAGACAUUCUGUUAGAUAUCUAUAUAGCAUACCAGAGGAGAAACAUGAGUGCAAGCUUUUGCAUUGUUGAUCUGAUUCCAUUUGAUGUUUUUAGUUGUGUAGUUUGCAGUUAAUGUCCUAGUGACAUAAACCUAACCGAGGAAUAAGGGUGACAUUUAGUGAUAUUUGAUGGUUAUAGUUUUCAGUUAAUUGUUCCUGAACAAAAUGUGAUUGUGGCGAUAAACUCUUCUCACAUAGGCUGCAUUUUAAAAGUCUUUCAUGACUGGACAAAAAUGAUACAUGCUGUCUCGAUGUAACUUCAGUAUAACUAGAAUAGAUUUAGUUGCAAACUCAAAUACAGCCCUGAGCCGCUUUGACUAAAAACAAAAGUCUUGUACAUUUGUUUAUGCUGCAGUACAAAUCUCGCCUUAUGUGACGCUAUAGGCUCUCCUAAAAUGAUAUCACUGAAAUCCAUUUGACAAAGAAAUGCCUCUAUUUUUGCCACACUUUACAAUUGGUACAUUAUGAUCAGUUGUUGUGUUACUAGCAAAAUCAUUUCAGACAUUAGAAUACUUGUAAUUUAACAACCCUUACUGUGUGUAAGGAAGGCUGCAGCCAACUCCAAUAUUUUGUACAUAACCUUAGGACAACUGUGUAUGCUUUAAGCCGUGCCGUCUCCAAAAUGAAUAAUGCUUUGUGUACCUUUGGAUAAAUAGGUUACUAAAUAUAUUCCAAAAAUGUUUUUCUGCAGUGCGUGUUUCAAUAAAGUUUCUAGUUUUCAUUUUAAUCAAUCUAAACAUGGUAUUUUGCCUUUGUUGUACAAAAGUAAUUCUUCCAGUUUGUGAACGUGGUCCUUAAUGGUUUCACAACAACGCUGAAUAAGCUGUAUGUAUACACGUUGACGUGAUUUUUGUUUUUCUUUUAAGAAAAAAAACUGCAGUGUUUUGACAAUGAGCUUAUCCUCUUUGUCUGUUUUUCAAAACUUAUCUAAAGGACACUUGUAAUGUCAACUUCCCAAAAAAAAUAAAAUAAAGUUCAUCAUUCCUUCAGGUAA